CGCUAACCCGCCCACGUGGCCGCCCAUUUUACCAAAAUGGCAAAUGCAUCAUGAAAAGAAGGCGGCAAAGUAGUGUGGAGUCAGAGGAUCAGCAACCGGGUGUCUUAAAGAAACAGAAAAGAAGAAAAGAGUCUCUUAUUUCAGAUCCAUGGGGUGUACCACCUGAAUUAUACAGUAAAACUGAACUCUGCAGCAAGUUGUAUGAUGCUCUUCGCUCUUUCAAAGGACCAGAUAAUCAACCGUUGUGUGACUUUGUUGUUCGAUUGCCUAAUCGUCGGUCAAUUCCUGAGUAUUACAAAGUUGUCACAUACCCAAUAGAUCUACUCAAAAUUCAACAAAAAUUGAAAACUGAUGAAUAUGACACUGUUCCACUUUUUAUUUCUGAUAUUCAACUUCUCAUUGAAAAUGCAAAGCUCUUUUAUACGCCCUCUUCUGCUGAGUACAAGAGAGCUUGCUCUUUAGAGAAAGAGUUCCUGAAGGCAUUGCAAGAUAUAUCUGUUUAUGAAAGUGAUAUAACUUCACCAUUAUCUCCUAAAACAGUCUCUCUGAAGCUGUCAUCUUUAGGCAAGACUCCUCCUGCAUCUUCUGCAUGUAAAUCUAGUUCUGCAAAGCCUUCAUCUGGCUCUGCUCCAACCAGUAGCAAACGAUUAAGUAAUGCUGGAAAAACAACUCGUUCAAAGGCGUGGCUUGAUGAUUAUUUAUCUUCAGAUGAUCCUAUUAAAAUAUACUUUGCAGAUAUUUAUAGUUAUCAUGAUAGUAAUGGUGAUUAUAUUUCCCAGCCUUUCAUAGAUCUUCCAUCUGCAAAGGAGUAUCCUGAAUAUUAUCGCAUCAUUACUGAACCUAUUGGGCUAGCUAUGAUUAAAAGCAAUAUUGAGUCUGGCCAUUAUAGGAAUUUAAAAGAGAUACAAGAAGAUUUGCUUCUUAUGAUAAAGAAUGCACAAUAUUUUAAUGAGCCUCUCUCUGACAUUCAUAAAAUGGCUACCACACUUCGUAAAGUUAUAAUUAAUCGUUGUAUAGAACUAGAAAGGAAGUAUAAAACUGUGGAAAGAACAACAAAAUUACAAUCACCUAAAAUUAUAAAAUCAAUGGAUGAUAGUGAAAGUGAGGACUCCAGUUGCAGUGACAGUGAUGCUCCAGAAAGUGAAGAUUCAAAGAAGAGACUUUUGCUACACAUUAAAAGAGAUUCCCUCCAGUUGUCAGAGGAUCCUUUUUCUAAAAUACUUAAGUCAAAAUCUCCUCCUUCAUUGAAGAAAGUUUUACUUGCCCUUUAUCGGAAAAUAACUCGAGCUACAGAUAAAGAAGGACGCGUUAUGUCUGAGUUAUUCAUGAAGCGUCCAUCAGCAAAGCUCUAUCCAGAAUAUUACAUUGUAAUCAAGACACCAAUUGAUUUCAAAGAAAUUUAUCGAAAAAUAAAGAAAGAUAUUUAUAAGACAUUCUCUGAAAUGAUGGAUGAUGUUGACCUACUGGUUAACAAUGCUAUCACAUUUAAUGAAGAAUAUUCACAGAUCCAUACAGAUGCUUUAGCUUUAAAGGCAAUUGCAAAAACUGCUGCUGACCAGCUUCAAGCUAAUUGGCCACUUCACUUUGCUACUGGUGAUAAAAAAGUAGAAGCAGGUCUAACUAAUAGGGUUGGAACAUUGUUUGCUGUUGUGAAGAAUUGUAUUGACAGUACUGGACGGAAGUUAUGGUUAUCAUUGAAGGAUCCGCCUCAAUUUUCUAAAGGUGAAGGAGAAGGACACAGUGGCAGUAGGAAAGUAAUUGGUCUUGGCACAGUGUCUGAAAGAGUUGACAACAACAGUUAUGGAUCAGUUCAUGAAGUAUUUGGUGAUCUUUGUUUGGUUUAUGAUAGUUAUUGUGAGUCAGUUCCAUCUCAUAGUACUUUAUUCAAAGAUGCAUUAUCUUUACAUCGUAUAACUGUUACCAAGUACAAUGAACUGACUGAUGAACAACGGAAUAAGUAUCAGUAUCCAAAUGCUCCGGAACUGUUAAAGAAACUGCUGAAAGAUCUAAUGGCAGCUUUAAUGGAAGCUCAAGAUACUGAAGGACAUACUAUAUCUGAAGUACUUCAGAGUGUAACAGCUACUCUAGAUUACAGCGAUGAUGGCAAGUCGAAGCGCAUAUUAUCACUUGAGAAAGUGAAUCAUUGGAUAUCACUAGGACGCUAUACGCGUCUUGACCAACUUCAGAAAGAUUUGUUGUUGCUUUUUCAACAAGCACGUCAGAUAGAAGCUGAAAUGGACAAUGAAGUAGAUAAAAUUAUCAUUUCAUUAGAGAAAGAGUAUGUCAAAACUCGAGACAGAAUCUGUAGCUCAUUCUUAUGGAGUCCAGCAUAUGAAGAAAGAACUAUAAAGCAUAUUGAUGAUGAGGAACAGGAAGAAGAUUGUAGAUAUGACUGCAAGCAAGACGAUCAAAUGGAUUCUAGUGCUCAAACUACUUUGAUUCCUCCUCUAAAUGAGCGCACUAUACAAAAGUUUCUCUUGUUGGGUGAAAUUACAUAUUUUCCUGGAGACUUUGUUUACCUUCCUCCUCGGGAACAGCAUUUACCCCCACAGAUUGCAUUAAUUGAAUCCUUAUGGACUGAUAGUCAAGGAAUUCCAUGGUUUGAUGGUUGUUGGUUUUUUCGACCUCAUGAAACUUAUCACAUUGCAUCUCGUAAAUUUUUCAAGCAAGAGGUUUUUAAAAGUGACUUUUAUAGUUCUGGACUGUUGAGCUCAGUUAUGGGUAAAUGCUAUGUCCUUUUUGUCAAGGAAUAUGUAAAGUUUUUUCCACAAGGAUUUUCUGAGGAAGAUGUGUAUGUUUGUGAAUCACGAUAUAUGCACAAAGCUAAAAGUAUCAAAAGGAUCAAAUUUUGGAAUGUACAAGAAAAUUCUUAUAUUAAACUGCUACCACGAUCAUCACAAUGUUCACUGAUCAAAGUACCAUCAGUUUUUGCAAGUGAUGGAGAGAGUUUAUUAAAGCAAAGUGACAAGGAUAAGGUGCAGAGCCAUGCCGAUGAAACACUUGAUGAGACUAAGGGUAGUGCUAGUAUGGAGGGUGACAGUGAAGCUAAUUCUAGUGGAGAUUCUCUUGAAACUUCAUUUUUUCGAGAACUAAAGGAUGUUAAAGCUUCUGUCACUAAUCCGGAAGAAAACUGUACCUAUUAUGAACAGUAUUGCAUUGACGAAAAAGUAUUUAAACUCGGUGACUUUGUAUAUGUUCGUUCUGACCAAGAUUUACCAUUUAUUGCUCGUAUUGAUCAAAUGUGGACUGAUUCAAAUGAUGACCCAUGGUUUCGUGGGCCUUGGUUUUUAAGAGUGGAAGAAGUACAGCACUUACCUUCCCGCAUGUUUUAUGAAAGAGAGCUCUUUAUGAGUAAUAUACAGGAUUCUAACCCAAUGAGAAGUAUUAUAAGGAAAUGUGGUGUCUUGUAUCCUAGUGACUACACCAAAUGGAGGCCAGCUGAGAUUCCUGAAGCUGAUGUUUACAUUUGUGAAUCAAGGUAUAAUGAAGAAGAGAAGCUAGUGAAAAAAAUGAGAAUGCUUAAACAUUUUGAUCUUAGCAGUUCAGUAUUACAUGAUGAAAAAUACUAUCUUUCAGAAGAUGUGUUUCUUUGGAAGUGUCAUUCUCCAAAGUUGUAUCCUACGAUUCCUGCUGUCAUUCCUGUUGCUACUCCUCCUGCUCCUCCUCCUCCUGCUCCUACUCCUCCAGUUAGUUCAACACCACCUGUUGUACCAAUCCCUCAGAUUAAAACUCCUGUUAUUGCCGUCCCUACACCUGGUGGUCAUGUAACACUUUCUUUGCAGCAACUGCAAUCACUUCUUGCAGUUAAUCAGGCAAAAGCUUUGCAUCAGCAACCAGCAACAACUACUCUAGCUUAUCCAUGCAUGUGGAAUGGCUGUCAAGAAUCAUUUGAUGACACUGCUGAACUUGGUUCACAUAUCAUUCGAUCUAACCACAUCUCUCCUGAACCUGAUGGAAAUUACUACUGCUAUUGGUCUAAUUGCCCUCGAAACAAAUCCCAAGCUAAACCUUUUGAUUCACUGCAAAAGAUUACUCGUCAUGUCAAAGAAGUGCAUUUGUUGCGAAUUCACACACAACAAGCCCCUGUGUUAAAGUCUCUCCCACGAUCUACUAUUUCUACUCCAUUACUAAAAGAUUCUGUUACUACAAGCACGCAAGCAUUGCAACCAUCAAUACCUAUUACACCAGUUAAUGUAACUCCAAUUAAUGCUGCCACUCAAAUUACUCCUUUUCAUGAGUCUGUUAGCUCUACUCCUCAGAAUAACAUCAUUACAACACCUGUUCCUGUUACUCCUACUCUCAUGAUCACUCCUCAGCAAACCACUACCGUUACAAGCACUGGCACUACUGAUGCUGUUGUUCAAGCUGACCCACAGAGUGACUCACCUCCCUCUAUAUUUGUGGCACCACCCACCAAAAAGAAGCCGAUAUAUCAUUCUAAACUGUAUCUUAAUCACAUUGAACGCAUGAGAAAUAAUGAAAGCACUAUCAGUCCUAUGCCUCCAGCAAGACCACUUCCAUUAUCAACUAGUCAAGAAAUAAUAUCCCAAUGGAUUGAUCCAAGUGCCAUACCACAAGGAUUAACACCAACUGAAGCAUUGCACAAACUGUAUUAUCAUAUGAUUAGUGACUCUAUAAACAUCAAUAAUUGGCUUGACAAUGUUCAAUAAAGCAGUUAUUGUUCUGACAUUGAUGCUAUAACUUCAAUUUCUUUAUUAGAGAGUUUCCUUUGAA